AUGGAACCGUCCCAGCGAGCCGGAACUGCCCCGAAGCCGCGUCAAAAAAAAUUCUUCGAUUUUGUGCGAAGGGACAAAGGGGAUCUAACGGCAAUGACCACACUCCAAGCUAAGUUGAAGCCCAAACGCGUCAGAUUUGCCGACGAAACCUCGGUGACAGAAGAUGUAACACAACGAGAGGAAGUCAACGGUGUGCCAACAGAGGACUCGGCCCGUCUGGAAGCAGAGUUCUCAAGAGUAACGGCACCCAACGGUGAUACCCCCGUGUUGCCUGACGCGGAAGAUGUGCCCCCUAACGGUCCAAAGAGAACGUCGAAGAAGGAUCGCGACUGCUCAGGACGAGGAGUUGUGGUGAGCGAAUUUGAAGAUAGUUCUCCACGGAGAAGAACCAACCCUAACCGAGACGCGUGGAAAAUGUCCGAUCACUUCGGCUUAAGUGAGGACAACGUGCUCUACUAUGUGGGAACGAGGCCUCUGAGGAGUGACCAACAGCAAGAAGACGCGGUGAUGCGUCUAGUAGUACCCUCAACGAUGAUUCAAGAGGUACUACAGAACUGCCACGAAUCGUUAGAAGGCGGCCAUCAAGGGAUCAGAGUAAAGUUGGAUUAUUACUGGAUCGGUCUAUACGCGGACGUAGCGAAGCACGUGCGAUCCUGUCCUGACUGUACCUCAAGCAAAAGUCGACCAACGAUCCGUGGAUACUCUCCGGGGAACAUACUAGCGGAACGACCGUUUCAGGUUAUUUCGAUGGAUUUUGUAAUACCCUUACCAAAGUCUCGGCGGGGCAACACAGCGCUCUUACUAUUCCAAUGCGCAUUCACGGGGUAUGUGAUGGGCAAAACCAUCGCAGAUACGACUGUUCUGAGAGUGGCUCAAGCUUUGAGGAGUGCGUGUACCGGAGAUUCGGUGCACCCUCUCUCAUCAGACAUGACAGAGAUCAACGAUUCAUGA